AUGGAUGAUUACAUAACUGCAUCUAUCUUUUACUGCAUGGUUACCGUAGAUUUUCAUCAUAUACGUGGCCCUGAAAUCGAGCAUGUAUUUCCGCAAUCAAUAGAAUUACCAAAGGAAUGGUCCAUACUGCCCUUUUUAUGUUUGCCUGAUGGCGCUCACAUGCAAGAGAAAGAUUUUGUAUACUUCACUUUACCAUACCCUAAUCCACAGCACUCGACAGCCUUUGGGCUGGCUUGUAGUCGCCAGCUAAGCAUUGAUCAUGUAAAAAACCUUCCUUCGGAUGUAACUCGGCCUAGCAUUCAAAAGGCUGUUGUGCUCAUAUGUUCCACACCUCAAUUCGGCCACAUCAAAGACAACUUGGAAAUCGUGACCGAUGCCUACUUUUCUCAAAACGAUUUUUCUGAUUUGACCAUUCUUCAUGAUUUUUACAAGAGCUUAGUCAACAAAGGUCCUCAAUUACAAGUAUCGCUAGGAGUUAAUAGUAAAGAUGUUUUUUUAUGUUGGAAGCAAAAUACCCUAGUGUUGUUGAAACUUGUUCUUUUAGGUAAAAAAGUCCUUGUCUAUGAUCGAGUUGCUGAACGGUUGGGUAAUUUACAAUACUCUCUCUUAUCAUUGAUUCCAAAUAUGCUUUUGAGUCUACAUGACUCUGCUGAUCCGUCAUCAAACUAUCUCAAAUCGACUUUGUCUAAGCCGUCUUCUUUAAAAACAAGUGACAAAGAUUCCUUGAUGGCUUACCUUGGUUUUCCGUUACUACUUUUUGGAGAGAAGAGUAUGUUUUCUCCUUAUACACCUCUACAACAAGUUCACGUUUUGGAAUCGAGUUCUACGAAAAGCUGGCUUGCUGGAUCUACAAACACUCUCAUUAUGCUGAAUCAAAACAGGAUGGCUGACGUUGUGGUUCGGGCAGAUACAGGAGAAAUUUGUUACAAAGAUAAUUCGAUCAAGUCUAUCGUCAAUCUCACAAGAGCCGAUAAAAGAUGGACGGAUGAUAUCCUAUCAGUAAUUUCUACUCAUGAAGAGAAAUCCUUACCGGAAUACGAAGGAAGCAAUGAAUGGCUACGGGCCCGAUUUGAAGCAUACAUAUUUGGAUUUUUAUCUACCGUUAAAUACUACUCUUUUCUCCAUUCUAGAGAUGAAGGUGAGCUGCAGAAAUAUAAUUCUCUACCUUCCACUGACUGUAUAUCCGACUAUGGGCAACCCUUUUUGGAUGAAUGGAUGAAAACGGCAACAUAUAGUGCGUGGAACCCUAUUGCCGAUGACGAUAUGUUUGAUGUCGUAUUGGCACAGCAUCCGUACUGUCAAACUCGUCCACAGAAACUUUCGACGAGACUUUCUGGAUUUUUGUCAUCUAUUCGCAACUCUCAAAUAAAUAAGAGUUCUACUAUAGAAACUCCCGAUACUUCAUCAUCUACCUCUUCCCACCAUCAUUAA